CGAGAUUUUUGCUAUUGAAAACCGCCAUGUUUGCCUUCUUCUCCAAAAAGAGCAGUCUGCUGCCCCAAAUGAUCCAUUUUGUAAUUUUCCUAAACUUAGGACGUAUGUAAAUUUGAGCUUAGACCUUAGUUAUCUGAUCCACGCAAUAAUUAUUUUUAAUUUACAUAAUUUUUCAAGGCCUGCAAUAUUUAUUAUAGAUGUUUUUCAGAACAUAUGCGAAAAGAUGAAAAAUAAAUCUAAAACUAUCCUCCCUUAAAAUUGAAAAACCUGCCAUCUUUGAACAUUUAUCCCUAGUAAAAGUUGUAUUGUGUGACAAAAUUAUCCAAAAAAUUGUCUCGGUCGAAUCAUCGAGCGCAAAGUUACGAUUAUCCAAAAUUUAGCAAAACCAUAAAAUGACCCAUUUGGGGUAGCACGCGAACAUAUUUGGAGAUGAAAGUUGUGCAACAGUUCGCUAUUGGGAAUAUCUCUAAAGGUUAUGUGAAAUAAAAAAUUGCAUCGAGCGGAUAAUUGAACACAAAGUUACAACAUUCUGAACUUUCGAUUAAUAUUAGGUGUGACGGUGCCUCCAAAUAUUUUGGAGCUAGAUCGCUGGAGUCUGAAUCGAUUUAGCUAAAUCGCAUCUGUAAGGAGGAAUUUGAGUAAAAUCGCUUUUGUCUCGAGCGAUCUGCACCAAAGUCGUAGAAUAUUACAUUAAUAGAGUACUUUGACCGAAGUUUAAAAAAUAUUCAUAAUGUCCUAAACUUUACAUUGUUUGUCUACUUUUGCACGAUCCGUAGGUUAAUCAUAAGAUGGACAGUGAACACUAUUGACCGUUAGUGAGUUAACACAUAUUGCUGACAAGGAUGUCAUGGAGCCUGAAAAUUAAUAAAUUAUAUAAAUUUAAAUUUUUAAAUUUUUUUUAAUUAUUAUUUGGGUUAAUACCUUAGUUUGCCCUUUUAUACACUUAUGAACUAUUUUAACUCGAAUUUUCUAAAAUUCCCAUCAUGUCAAAAAUUGCUAACUAUUUUGAUAACUAGCAUCGACACGUAGGUUGACCAUCAAGUUGGAUGACUUUAACCUAAUGCCACAUCAAUUUAAAAUAUUAAUAGAAAUAUAAAAUUCAAAUUUAAAAUAAAUUAUGAAAAUAAGCCAAAAUAAUUAUUAAAAUAGUAAAUUAUUUUGGAAAAUAAACUCAAAUUAUUUUAUUAAUUUUGUCAACACUAUUAUUUUGGUGCUUGUUAUAAGGAUUAAAGGCAACAACCCCUUCGUGUACACCGACGACAAAUGAUGUUCCUUCAAGGUUCCACAUAUGACACUUUUAUCCUAACGUGACGUCUCUCGAGAAAGAAAGAAAAUCAGAGUAAGUUGUGUUGCUUCGUUGCCUCCACCUCUACGAGAAUGAUGUGACUACUUUGGGUAUUGUUGUGCUUCUGAAUUCAUCGUCUCAUCCUCAAUUCUGCAAUACAUGCUUCUCUAUUGCCACAAUGACAAUUGUUCUGGCCGCUUCUAGUGAUCUUACGUGAUAAAGGAUGGUGCAAAUGUUUUGAUAGAGAGAGAGUAGAUAAGGUGGAUUUUUUUAAAAUUUUAGUACAAAUUUUUGCUUAUUUCAUAAUUAAAUGAGAUGAUAAUUUAUUAGUAAAUUUGAAUCUUAGAUUUUAUUACUUUUAUGAUGAUAUGACAUUCGUUGAAAGUGGUCCACUUGAAGGUCAACCUAUGGGUCGGGUUAAAGUGGUCCAAGUAGUUAGUAAUUUUGGACAUAUGAGAAUCGGUCUAAUGGAUUCCAUUAGUAUAAAGUUUAACCAAACUAAGGUUAUCUGAUCGAUACAAAGUAUUUUUUUUUGUCUUGAGAGGGUGGGCUUUGUUUCAUUGUUUCUUUUCUUUUCCCCGUUUUUAUAUCCUAAAUUUAGGGUCAACCACCAAUUUGUUAAGCAUUUACAAGUGAAUUGGAUUAUCUUAGUUAGCAUCAUAGGGAAUCUAUUGAUCGAAUGCUCAAUUUUCCUAGGAACUCAUUUUUUGUUUGCUGCAGGGAGUAAUAGAACGCUUCAGGAUCUUGGUUUUGCAAUCCUGAAGCUGUGGCAGAGAGUAACAUAGCUAAAAUUUCUAUCAAGUAGGGAGUUCAUAAUACUUACAACAAGCAAAUGGCAAAUGAGCUUAAGGCAAGUUUUGGACCUGCUAACUUUAUCUUUCUUUGAGCAUACUGUCAGUUUUAUCCUUCAACCACUUAUACCGUUUCUUCUAUUUUGCAGACCUCGUAACAUGCAGCCUGCUCUCAAAUGAUUUUGGCAGCAUCGAAUUGCAACCAUAAGCAUACGGCUGGUUCCCAGGUGAGCUGAUAAUGAAAACAUAUUUCACUUUCCUGCUUAGUAGUCUCUCAAUGGUUGCUUUAGUAGUGACUCGCUCUGACUAUCACAAUAAAAUCCCACCUAAUACCCAAGUAUAAACCUUAGAUGGGUGCAAUAUAGGGCAGUAUGUUUAAAUAUCGACCCGGACCGGCCCAUGUAUCAAUACUUUGACUGUUUGAAACAUUAUCUAUCAUAUUAGUUUUUGGUGAAAACAAAGGUCUAAAACUAAAUUACUUUGCAAAGGUAAAAUAAAUUUGACACUAAUUAAGAAGACUUCACUCGGGUGUUGCUCCCCCUAGCUAACAAUUACGUCUUGAAGAAUCCAACGACCGUGUGUGGUUAGGGGGUUAUAAACAGUAGAGAAGUCUAACAAGUAACCAAGGCUACCCUCUUAGUCUCUAUGUUGAGGAAAUGUGAUAUGAUCCAAGCCGCUAAUGCGACCCUCUCAACCUAUCGACUAAGGAAUGGUUAGACUUCACCCUUGAAUUGAAGUUUGGACGAUCACCCACAACCAAACCCUAAGUGCUAAUACGAAAUAGGAGGUUUGCCCUUAAUUAACCUAGAAUAGGAGGCAAGAAAUGCCCAAGGAAAACCAUCUCUAAUAGAGCCUCUUAGGUUAAGGAGGGUUCUCUGUAAACUAGUAUAGAGGCUUUGAAUGCCCAAGAAAACCCAACUCCAAUUGAGCCUCUUUGGAUAAAGGAGGUUUCCUCUCUAAACUAGCAUAGGAGGCAUGCAAUGCACAAGAACACCCAUCUUUAAUUGAGCCUCUUAACCUAAGGAGGUCUCCUCUCUAAGCUAGGUCAACAAAGCGCACACCAUCAUCAUGAAAAAUACCUAUGCAUUCACAUUAAACACAACCACACACAAAUCAUUCAAUUCUUACAAGCAUUCACAUAAUUGUAGCUAGGGUUUACAAACACCCAAGUGAAAGAAGGGACUACUCCAUGCUAGAAGAAGGGAAAACACAAGAGAGGGAAAUGAAAACAAUCAAGAAGAUGAAAACCUUGAUCCUUGUGUUGAAGAGAUCCUCCUUUGGGGGAAGAAUUCCCAAAUCCUUGCUUGGAGAUGAAAACCUAGCUUCUUCUCUUCAUUGGUUCGUCCUUUCUCACUCUAAAAUCUGAAGAAGAAGUUUCUCACACUAGGUCUCUCUCCCUCUUCUUUCUUUCAGCUGGCUCUUUAAACCGAGAUCGAACCCAGUUCGCGGCCUGAGUUCACAGUCGUGAACAUCAGAACGCGUCUGUGAACUUGGCGUCUGAACCAAAACGCACCACUUCACAUCCUUGGGUUCACGGUCUGUGUCUUAUGUUCACGGUCUCAGCGACUGUGAACAGUGCUGGCGUUAGUAACCUCAAAACCCUCUCUGGACGCUCCUUGGUUCAUGGAUUAUGGCUCUAGUUCACGGUCCUGUAAGACCGUGAACUCCAAUCGCAGACCGUGUACUACGACUGUCUCCUCCUCUUUGCCCGGUCUUUGCUCAUUUCCUUCCAACUUUCGUCUCCGGGGUUGGUUUCACCUGUCAGGAUAUGAAACACACUAAAACACAAGAAACCUCACGUAAAACCACCCCUUUUGGAGUUCAAUUGCAAGAAAAAUCAAAGCAAAACGGGGGUAGAAAGUGUACAAUUAGGCCCGAAUCACUCCCCCACACUUAGACGUUUGCUUGUCCCCAAGCAAACCAUUUCACACAAGGUAAUAUCUCAACCUAACAAAAAUGCUUUGGGGACAAAUCAAAGGAUACAAAGUGGCGAAUCUCAAUGGCUAUUGGCAAUUAACACAUGGACCAUUGCAAGCAAUACCGACAUCCAUGACAAACAAAAUUCGAGGUCACCAGAAAAAGGGCAAACGAAAAGUUCUCACCUUUUUCAUGAAUCAAUGUAAGUCUCAACAAGAUCACUUAUCAACCACAACUAACCAUGUAUAACAUUCAAGUCUAAGGAACAAACGAAUGGGCAACAAAGGUCCUCACCGGAGUAUGAUAUGUCAUGCAAAGCAAGAAUGAAUCACUCCUCUCUUGACCAGUGGGGUCGGGAACUUUUUGGUGCAAAGAAUGUGCACAAUCAUCAAAAUGUUAUAGUUCACGGGACGGUUGUCAUCACUAGCUUGUCCGGAGGUCUUAGACACAGGUUCAAAUGAUUGGCAAUUGUCUUGGACAUGGGGAAAAUGCUUUUUGGGUGGUGACAAACACAUGAUGAGGUCCUACAUCUUCACCCUAAACCCGAAGGUUCUAUGGUUUCGACUACGAACCUUCCCUACAAGAAAUGGUCACUAGCAUCGGCCAAAAACCUUGCUUCUCCCUCCAAACAAUCAUCCAUCAUGAACUUCCUUUAAGCGCUCUUCCUCGGUCUACUCUUGCUGUCACAUUUCGAUUUGGUAGUGAAGAAUUUCUAAAACAAUGUGGUGGUUUCAAUGGCUUGCGUGCCAAGAAACCCCACUUAGAGCAUACUCUUUGAAUCUUUUGUGGCACUCUCUGCUUUAUUUACCCCGUUUUAUUACCUCUUUUUCGAUUCCUUUUUCGUUCUACUUUCCUUUUCUUUUUCUAUUUAAGGAGGGUACUGGAGAGUUAAACACUUGCCACUUUACCUUUAACAACCAAUGCUCUCUUUUAAGAAUUCACUCCAACACUACUCUUUUCUCUUUCAUUCCUAGCAAGAACCACACACAAUCCUCCUAUGCAGAACCUCAAUGGAACUCAAAAGCGAGAGCUCUGGGACACAAGGACAAAUCACGUUUAGACAUGAAGAAAGGAUUGGGGGGGGGGGGGUCGUUCUAUCAAACACCAUUAAGCUCACAAGCAAAAAGUUCCUACAAGAGAACGACCCCCGAAGUGACAAGGAUCAAGGGGGUUGACUAGGGGAUAAAGCAUUUCGGGACAAUCAACAUUUGGGCGUGGACUAAUCCUAUGCCUCCAUCAUACUCACUAGUGACAACUGUGAUGUUACCCGCCAUGGUAAGAGGGAUCUAAGCACACAAGAAUAAAGCGAACGACUCAAAACUCACAUGGCUACAUAGUCACCCAAUCAUUCGUUCCAAUUUCACAAAACACAAUGCAUGUCAAUUAUAAUCAACAAGUAAUCGAGUCAAGACAUCCAUUCAUUUUUGAACACAUGAGAACUAAACUUUUUCACUAUCCUACUUCACCUCUCAGUCAUCAUCAUAGGACAUACUCGAUCACAUGCAACAAUUCAAGGUCAAUGCCAAUAAACACGAGAUUCUCCUACAAAUCGACCACUUUGAUCAUGCAAACAUUGCUUGGAUCCCUCAAAAUUUUCAAAUUUGGGCAUACAUCAAGGGUCCAAGCAUCAAACACACUCCCACAAGCAUAAGAAUAAACUACCCCCCCCCCCCCCCUUAAGUUCGACAUUGCCCUCGAUGGCGUAAGAUAAGGGUAGAACGAUGUUACCGCUUGGCUUGGUGAGUGAAAGUUGGAAUUUUUCCGGGGUAGGAGAGAUUAGCUUCAAGGAGAAGACAAAAAAAACACACACACACAUGCACAACACAUACUCGCUCGAGGCGAGGUUAUUACACAACACAAUACGAUAGUAGUAGUUGUUCACACAUACUAAAUAAAAGAAAGAAAAAUAAAAUAACAGAGUUCAGAAUUCCAAGUGGAGAAGUGGGGCGGAAGUAAUCGGCUAUGCCACAUGUCUCACUUGUCGGCUACCUCUCACUAGGUCGAAGGCCCCGACUCAUCAUCUGGGAGAAUGCCCUGGCGACGAGCGAUCUACUUGAGCAGGUUGGUCUGCCGGUCAAGCUCGGAAGUGACGCCCACGAAGUGGAUCUCUAGACGGUCCAUCCUCUCCAAUAGGGGCUCCCAUGAAGUGGAAGGACCUGCACCAGAUGGAGCUGGUGGUGGUGGUUGUACUAGGCGUUGGAGCGCUGGAUGCCGACGACGGUCGGGAGCUCGAGCAGGUGGCUGCUCUAGAGGUGGAAUCUCUGGAGGUAGAGGUCGUCCCUAAAUAAAUCGGAAUGGUCCAAAGGAUCCCAACAAGCGCAUGGAACUCAAAGUGCCCUCUUUGAACCCCGUGGAAUCCCCCUCAUGUGAGCAACCUGCCAGAUUAAUAUUCAAGUGACGGGCAAGACGGGUGAUAUAGGGCCCCAUUGAUGUUAUAUAUCGUCGUUUUCCCCCUAUGGCUCUGGCGAAAGAGGUGGCCAAGACUGAACCAAGAUGAAGAUUGCUAGACGGGUCCACUAUGCAAGCAAACGCCAAAAAGAUCCUCUCGGUUAUCUUGUUUGGAUUAUUAUAGCUCGAGUAGAGGGAACGGGCUAGGAGUGCAUUGAUAAUGCGCCACAGUACUCCGGGAGGCAAAAGGAUAGGGUGUGUCGCUUGCCUCCCAAGUGGAAUGUCACCUUGCAUUGCCGAUCGCAGAGUGCUCUUGCUCGUUAGGACGGUGAAGGUACUGAAACAUUUGACACACAACUCCCCAUAAAUGUCAUCUUCCAUUUCCAGGAGUCGGCGCCAUUGUGGGUGCUCCACAGCCUCCCUCAUAAUGUCUCCAGAGUGAAGACCAUCGAAUUGAGUGAAGUCGAGUUUCCAGUGUUCUAUGGAGUCAGUGCUCGUCCCCAAUCACAUCUCCCUCUCUGUUUUGGGGUUCCCUCUCAGUUCCAAAAGGUACGGGUGGUUCAUGCUGACUUUCCUACAAAAUCGACAAACAUGCACCAUACAUGGAAAUAAUUGUCAAUCUCAACUCAUUGGGAGGAAAAAGGAAUCCCCCCUACACUUAUUUUUCCAGUAUGGAUCCAUGGACCAUGCUAAUCAAAACAAUUAAGCAUAAGCACACCGGGGCAUGAUGAUAAGUGUUCACGGAUUAUCCCACACAAAAAUUCAAACCUGAACCAUGCCACGGUGGCUACCAACCACCACUCAAGUAAAACAUUUCUCAUCAUUCACAAAUUAGCACUUGGUGGGCAAAUUCAACAAAUAAAAGCAAUUGGAAUCA